AAAAAAGGUUAAGUGUUAAGACCUAAAAUUACAACUAUGGCUGAUUGUGCUGUUCCUAUUUUUGUCUCUGUCUCUUGGCUGAAGGAUAAUCUAAACAAGCCUGGGAUCAAGGUAAUGGAUGGUACAUGGCAUAUGCCAAUGUGGAAGAGAGAUUCUCAAGUUGAAUAUGAAACUCAGCAUAUUGAAGGUGCAGUUAAGUUCAAUGUUGAUGCUGUAGCUGAUAAAAGCAGUGAUUUGCCACGUGCUCUUCCACCAAUAGAACAAUUUGAAGACUACAUUGGAAAGCUGGGCAUUAGCAGUACUGAUCAUGUUGUUGUAUAUGAUAAUAAUGCAAACUUUGGAAUGUUCUCUGCCCCAAGGGUUUGGUACACAUUUAAAUUGUAUGGUCAUGAUAAAGUAUCAGUAUUGGAUGGAGGAUUGCCAAAAUGGUUGGAGGCAGGAGGGCCUGUAGAAUCUGGAAAACCACAAGUAGAGGCUGUGACAUAUAAAGGAAGUUAUCAUCCUGAGUUGUUUGUUAAUUUUGAAGGAGCUCUCCAGGCAUACAAGAAUAAUCCAGCACAAAUACUUGAUGCAAGACCAGUUGGUAGAUUUGAAGGACGGGAUCCAGAACCAAAUCCAAAAAUACCCAGUGGACGUAUCAUAGGCUCUACUAACGUAUUCUGGCGUCAGUUUAUUGAUCCAGAAACUAAACAGAUCAAGAACAAUGAAGGCAUUCAAAAAGUUUUUUCAGAUGCUGGUGUCAAUCUUGACAAUCCUAACAUUGCUUCAUGUGGCAGUGGUACAACUGCUUGCUGGAUAGCCAUUUCUGCUAGUCUGUGCAAUAAAGCAAUGCCAGUUUACACUGGUUCAUGGAUUGACUGGUACAAAAGAGGACCAGAAGACUCAAAGAUAAUUGGUGUCAAAGGAGAAGAUUUGAAUAAAUAGCUUGGAUCAUGUCUGGACAAUAUUUUGUGACCUCUUUCAUGUUAUUAACAUGCAGCAUAAAUUUUUAGGCCUUCCUUGAUAAAUUAAUUAUUUGUCAUUAA